AUGCCAGUAGUAAAAGGCGGCGUAUGGACCAAUAUCGAGGAUGAAAUCCUGAAAGCUUCUGUGUCGAAAUACGGCUUGAAUCAAUGGGCCAGAGUAUCCUCCCUCCUUGCACGCAAGACACCCAAACAGUGCAAGGCGAGAUGGUCAGAAUGGCUGGAUCCAGGGAUCCGAAAGAUAGAAUGGUCAAAGGAGGAGGACGAGAAGUUGCUUCACCUUGCGAAAUUGAUGCCUACACAAUGGAGAACUAUUGCGCCUAUCGUUGGAAGGACUGCCACGCAGUGUCUCGAGCGUUAUCAGAAGCUACUGGAUGAGGCAGAGGCUAAGGAGAAUGAUGAGCUGGGCUUGGGAGGUCCAGAAGGCGCAGAGACGCUGGCACCAAGUGGUGAUGAUGUGAGGAGACUACGACCAGGAGAGCUCGACCCAGACCCGGAAUCGAAACCGGCAAGGCCAGAUACCAUUGAUCUCGAUGAAGACGAGAAGGAAAUGCUCAGCGAAGCUCGAGCACGACUCGCAAAUACCCAAGGCAAGAAGGCGAAGCGGAAAGCGCGAGAGCGACAGCUGGAGGAGUCGAGACGACUUGCAGUUCUACAGAAGCGGCGGGAGCUAAAAAAUGCUGGAAUCAACAUCAAGAUUGUCAAUCGUAAGAAGGGUCAAAUGGACUAUAAUGCCGACAUCCCAUUCGAGAAGCCAGCCAUUCCCGGCUUCUACGACACGCAGGAAGAACAACUCCGGAAUGAGCACCAAAGAGAGGCCUUUGAUCCACGCAAACAGCAGCUGGCGAACAAGAGAAAGGGCGACCAGGAUGAGGAUCCGGACCGCAAACGCCAGAAGCAGGACAAGAACAAGCCAUCUGCCGCUUUUGCAGCUGCAGCGAAAGCCGGUCAGAUGCAGAAGAUUAGAGAAGCAGAACAACAGAGCAAGCGGAGGUCAUUAGUGCUUCCUGCACCACAAGUAAGUGAGGGCGAACUAGAAGAGAUCGUGAAGAUGGGCCUGGCGGGAGAUCGAGCGGCAAAAAUGGCCGGAGAUGAAAAUGAUGGAACGAAAGGACUAAUAUCGAACUACAAUAACAUGGUGGGCAGUACGCCAAUCCGCACUCCUCGAGCGCCUGCGCAAGAGGAUCACAUUGCCAACGAAAUCAGGAACAUCCGGGCUUUGACAGAGACACAAUCUUCCUUGCUUGGUGGCGAGAAUACGCCAUUACACGAGGGCUCUGCGUCUACCGGCUUCGAUGGUAUAGCGCCGCGACGACAACAAAUGGUAACGCCUAAUCCUAUGGCAACACCAAUGCGUGGUGGUCCGAAUGGAGUGGCUGCCACACCACUGAGACCUGGUGCAACUCCGUUGCGGACCCCCAGAGAUAACUUCGCCAUCAAUGAGAACGGCAGCGGGCCGCUUGUUGGACAAACACCUAUGGAGAUCCGGCAGCAAGAGGAUCUUGCUCGCCAGUCUCUACGGGCCAAGCUUUCAUCUUUACCGAGGCCGAAGGAGCAAGAGUGGGAGCUCGAGGAGCUACCAUCUGAGACGGCAGAGACGAACGGAGAUCCGCAAGCCACAGAAGAAGAUGCAGCAGAGCUUGACAGGAGACGAGAAGAAGCCAGAAACCUUGCCGCCGCCGCCGAUUUCAAACGCCAAACGCAAACGUAUCAACGUUCUCUCCCCAGACCACGCCACAUCGAUUACGAAGCCAUGAAAAGGGAAGCAGAAGCUCUCUCCGACCCCAUCGAAUCCAUGAUCGCACAUGAAGCCGCUCUCCUCAUCGCCAACGACGCCCUCAAACACCCUCUCCCAGGAACCAAACUCACCGGCCAACCCGGGCAGCUCGACGCCCUAGAGGACAACCUUCUUGCCACCGCCCGCGCCGAACUCUCCACCGAACUCUCUUCAUCGGACCUCGAAAAAUACACCGAAGCAUUCAUUUCCACCCUCGAGUCGCAAUCCGCAUCCACCACUCUCCCCUUAUCCUUCACCCCGGAGACCACACCCUCCGAGUACUCAGCCGCCUUCUCCGCCGUUCUGAACGACCAGAUCCUCCCCCUCGCCACCUCGGGCAACAAGCUCGAGAAGAAACUCGCCCUCCACCUCGGCGGCUAUCAGGAGGCGGCCGAGGCGGUGCAGAAGGCGAGGGUGGCAUUGCAUGGGUAUCAGACAUUGCAGGUGAGCGAGGAGGCGGCGUUGGGGAGGAGGUUGGACGGGUUGAGAGAGGAAGUGAGUUUGGUGGCCAAGAGGGAGAGGGAGGUCCAGGAGCGGUAUCGGGACGCGAGGGAGGAGCUGAGGGAGCUGAAGGCGAGGUCGGACGGUCAAGCAAAGGUUAAUGGCAUCGCACACUGA